AUGACUCUCUUCCACGUCGACGCCUCGGACCCGGGGCCAUUCGAAGACGACCUGAAACAAGCCAUCCAACGCGGUAGCAUGGUCAUGCUCACAGGCGUUAACUGGGCCGGCCAAAAAUCUUGGGUCGAGUCCGCACUGAAAAAUGCAGGCUUCCCAUCCGCCACUGUGUUUUGGCCGACAUCUGGUGCCUCGAUUCUAGGAGUAGACUUCUGGGAACACGAUAUUGCCAUAAAGGCCAUCGCUUAUUUCAAUGAACGUAAUAUCGAUGGGAUUAAACUCACUCCCGAGUUCCAUCAGGAUGUGUGUACCUCCUUUCGCAACUACCACCUGCUCACGCUGACCAAUUUGCAGACACCACCCGAGUAUGCCCAAAAACUAGCAAAAGCCAGCGACUCUCUCCCAACCACCCGCGAAACCCAAACCCUGUCCCGCGCCCAGCGUCAAGCUCUCCGGUUUGGCAGGGCGAAGCAGCCCGAGUCGAACCCCGAGUGGCCCGAGGACCCCCGGAGAUGUGAAGUGCCCAUGGACGUCCUCACUCCCGAAGCUCCGCAUGAGGACAUCGGGAGGUUCUUCCCACGAGCCAUCGAGAUGUAUUCCCGGCAGUUUGGCGGCAUGCCUAGCCCGUAUGGGCUUGUCAAAAUCGAAGGGCAGAAACUAGUGCCAACCCCAGAUCAGGCGAAAGCCUGCGUCUCGUUCUAUAAACCGGAGAACGAGAGCGACCCAAAGUAUCUGGACAAUGCCGAGGCCCCCAAACGCAAGUUGGUUGUCACAUCUCGAGGCUUCGUGAUCCCGUACCCACGCGGCUCUUUGAACGGGGUAGGCUGGGGCGAAUUCGACAAGUUCACCGAGUGGCAACUGCAAGGUCGCAAGAUUGAAGUUGAUAUGCUGGACAAGGAUUUGGUUUUUGAAAAGAGAAACACCCGCCCUCUUUGCUUUGUCUCGCCGGCUGGUGGACCGCAGCGGGAGCCUAUUGUGGUUACCGAGACCCUUGGUGAUGCUGAAGAGGUUUAUGAGCUAGGGCAGGACGGUGAGCAAAAGAAGACUCUAUCAGAGUUACUCACUAGCAAGAGAAAGAGAAACGAGAUUCGGGGGGAGAUAUAUGGACGUGGCCUUGCUCGUCGUCGCGGUGGUCGCGGUGGUCGUGGCGGACAAGGAAAUGGAUGGCCUUAA